AUGGAGCGUCCCGGUUUCAUCGAGACCCCAGGUCGUCGGGUUACUCGCAGCAGCGCUGUGGCCUCGGAGCCAAACACAGACGACACAUCCGACUCCGCGGUCGACAUGAUGAGAGGACCUAAAUCUGCGACUCGUAGACGCACCUCCGGAAAGACCAAGGCCGAGGACCUCUCGGAGGAGGAGGCCAAAACAAUUGCGACAAACGGACACGCCAUCUCGACCGAGAAGAAGCCCCGAAUUGUCGACGGUUGGGAAGAGGGCAAGGAUCCCAAAGUUGAUUUUAGUGGACACUUUGAAUUUGGUGGCUCCUGGGGUGUAUUAUCUAUGAUGAUCGGGUUUCCAAUGCUGAUGUACUACAUGUGGAUUGGUGCCGUUUAUUACGAUGGCAAGUUCCCUCGCGCCUCGGAAGGACAGAGCACGUUGGCUUUCAUCAUGCACCUGGCCAACUUGGUUUACGUGGGUGCGUUUCCUUCCGUCAAGGCCUGGGCCAUCUAUUGGAUGUUUUUCCUCUUUGAGGGCGCUUGUUACUUGCUCUUACCAGGCAUCACUGUUAUGGGUCGCCCUUUGCCGCACCUCGGAGGAAAGCAACUGCCAUAUUAUUGCUCUGCCGUAUGGUCUUUUUACACAAGUAUCUUGCUGGCUUUGGCGCUUCACUUUACCGGUAUUUUCAAGCUGUAUACUAUUAUCGACGAGUUUGGUCCUCUAAUGAGUGUCGCCAUCCUCUCGGGAUUUCUUGUGUCUUUCGUUGCAUACUUCUCGGCUUUGGCACGUGGAGCUCAACAUCGCAUGACUGGUUAUCCCAUAUAUGACUUCUUCAUGGGGGCCGAACUCAAUCCCCGGAUGUUCGGAAUUUUGGACUUCAAGAUGUUCUUUGAAGUCCGCCUCCCUUGGUAUAUCCUCCUUUUCGUCACUAUGGGUGCUGCAGCCAGGCAAUACGAAGUAUACGGCUACGUCUCUGGAGAGGUAGGGUUCCUUUUGAUGGCGCAUUUCCUGUACGCAAAUGCCUGCUCCAAGGGCGAGGAGUGUAUAGUGUCAACCUGGGAUAUGUACUAUGAGAAAUGGGGGUUCAUGCUGAUUUUCUGGAAUCUUGCUGGUGUACCCUUGAGCUACUGCCAUUGCACGAUCUACCUUGCCAACCAUGACCCGGCGACCUAUCACUGGAAUCGCUAUUUCUUGACAAUCCUCUAUAUUGCAUAUCUCUUUGUAUAUUGGGUUUGGGAUACUACCAACAGUCAGAAGAACCGUUACCGUCAACAGGAGCGUGGAACUAUGGUCUUCCGGAAUACGUUCCCACAACUUCCAUGGCAAACAUUGGAAAACCCCAAGACCAUCACGGCUGAAGAUGGCUCCAAGAUCUUGGUGGACGGUUGGUACGGCAAAGCUCGUAUCUAUGUAUUCCAUCCCACUAUCCCUGGGUAUCCAAAGGCCCGAUUCCCUGGCGUAGUUGUAUUCAGUGAGAUCUACCAAGUGACUGGACCUGUGUCCCGGUUUGCUAGGCAGAUCGCUGGCCAAGGAUAUAUUUGCGCUGCUCCCUCUAGCUAUCACGAAUUCACUGGUCCAGAGCCAUUGGAAUACAAUGUCGAGGACACAGAUAAAGGGAACAAAUGGAAAGUAAGCAAGAAACUGGCUGCGUACGAUGAGGACGCAUCACUAUGUGUCGACUAUCUCUUGUCAUUGCCCACGUGCAAUGGCCGUGUGGGCGCGACGGAUAUCCACAGCAAGACCCUUGCAGCCGGUAAAAAUGAUGAUAGCUUAGCCAGAGCAGAGGAUAUUAAAGGAGAAUUGAUAAUGGCAAGUCUUUCCCGUCCCACCGGAAACUAUUUUUCUCGAAUAAUCUUCGGCAAAAACGAUAACCAUGUCCCACCGGAAGGAAGAGACCUGAUUCGCAAAACACUUCAUGACAAGGGGGUCUUGUUUAGCUUUUACGAAGUGGCCUGGGCUCAACACGCAUUUAUUCGUGAUGAACUCAGCAAGGGACGAUAUGACCCCGCCAUCACCAAGGUUUGUUUUGAGAUGCUACUCGAGCUAUUUGGACGGACCCUGAAAAUGGAUCUGGGUGAGCACGAUGGUAAGGAAUUGGAGAUCGAGGAUGUAUGCUAA